GCCAUUUUAAGUUGAGGACAGAUCGUUUUUCCCCCCUGGCAAGAAGCUAACCAAGCGGAAGCCUCUGUAUCUCUUGGUUGCUGAAGUAUAUUCAUCUGUGGGAAAACAUCUUGCUUUGAACAAAGAGAGCGCACGCUCUUAUUCCACGUUGCCUGAUUCGGGCUCUCGGAGUUUUGAAAGGAUUGAAUGAAGAGUUGAGGUGAAAGAUGACCCAGUUUUUACCCCCCAAUCUGCUGGCCCUAUUUGCGCCCCGGGACCCCAUACCAUUUCUGACCCAGUUGGAGAAGCUUCCCCAUGAAAAACACCACAACCAGCCAUACUGUGGCAUCGCUCCCUUCAUCAGGCACUUUGAGGACCCCAGAGAUGCCCCUCCCCCCACUAGGGCAGAAACUCGUGAUGAGAGGUUGGAGAGGAAGAGGAGGGAGAAGAUCGAGAGGAGACAGACGGUUGUGGAGACAGAACUGAAGCUCUGGGAUCCACACAAUGACCCCAAUGCUCAGGGGGAUGCCUUCAAGACCCUGUUUGUGGCUCGUGUGAAUUAUGACACCACGGAAUCCAAGCUUCGCCGUGAGUUUGAGGUCUACGGACCCAUCAAACGGAUCUACAUCGUCUACAACAAGCGGUCAGGGAAGCCCAGAGGCUACGCCUUCAUAGAGUACGAGCACGAGAGAGACAUGCACUCUGCCUACAAGCAUGCAGACGGGAAGAAGAUCGAUGGAAGGAGAGUGCUGGUGGAUGUUGAGAGAGGUCGCACUGUGAAGGGAUGGCAUCCCCGCAGGCUAGGCGGUGGUCUUGGUGGGACAAGGAGAGGCGGGGCUGACGUCAACAUCAAGCACUCUGGAAGAGACGACACCUCACGUUACGAUGAACACCCCACAAUUGGAGGGGAACGAGAGCGUGAACGUGGACCUGAGCCCAGAGGGGAGCGCAGAGAGCGCAGCCGUGAGCGUGAACGUGGGGGGGAGAAAGAGCGCGGUGGCGAAAGACGGCGGUCCCGGUCCCGGGAAAGACGCAGGCGCAGCUCCCGCUCCAGGGAGAGGGGCGACAGGGCUCUAGGCCUGGCAGCGCCUGGAGAGGAGAGCGUAGUGGGUGGCAGGAGGAGAGACCGAGAGAGGGAGCGGGGGGGAGGAGGACCAGGGGGAGACAGUCAUAGCAGGGAGAGGAGCAGAGACAAGGGUGAAAGGAAGAGGAGGAGCCGCAGCCGAGAGCGCAAGCGAGACCGGGAGAGGAGCAAGGGUGGCGAGGGGGAUGAGGGCAUGGGGCUUGGAGACGGUAUGAUGGGGGAGGGAGGAGAGAAGAUGCCUGAAGAGCCUAGUGUGGGUGAGGAAGGGGGAGAGGUGGCAGAGGAGCGCGGCGGGAGGGAGCGGGACAGAGACAGGGAGCGAGACCGUGACCGGAGGCGCAGCCACAGGGACAAGGACCGGGAGAGGGACCGGGAGAGGCACAGGGGGGACAGGGAGAAGGACAGGGAGCAUAAGAGAGACAGGGAGCGGGGUGGCGGGGAGCGCAGGGAGGACCGGCAUGGCUCUCUCCUGCUCCCCUCGGCCGAGCAGGACGACGUGGGUAACGGGGAGGCGGGCGAAGCGGGCGAAGUGCCGCCCCAGCCAGAGGAGAACAGCCAGGAUGGGUUGAUGGUGGACCAGGAGUCAGUGCAGUCGGGAGAGGGCUACGUUUCCAAUGAGAACGGCUACAAGGUGGAGACCCAGGCAGACGAGUACUAAGCGGGGCUUUGCCAUUUUUAAGUUCCUGUUUUUUUUUUUUUAUAUAUAUAUAUACAACAAACCCACACACCCCUUCCCUGUUUGUGUGAAUGAUACUGUAAUGAGCUGCUGCCCUGUUAGAAACCACAACGGAGCAGUGUAGGCAUAACAAACUGUCUGUUUUAUGGGUUAAGUAGGGUUUUGUUUCUUCUGUAUUUGAACCCCCAGGACUAGGUCCACACCCCAAAAUAAUCAUUUCAAACCCGUCCCUCGGUACCAAACUGAGAAGUGUGCUCACUGUCCCUUGACAUUCACGCUCUCCCCCAACCGGAACUUUAGUCUGACAUUCUGCUCUGUCAAGUACUUGUCUGAUUACAAUCCCUUUACGAGUGAGGCAGAGAUGGCAUAGUUAUUUUAAAUAUUUCUUAAUCUUAAAUCUCUAUCGGUGUGUUAAUUCAACCUGGGUUGUUUUUUGGGGGUUGUUAAUAGGGGCUAAGUUGUUUAGGUUUAAUAACAUCCCCCCCCCCCCCAAGUGAUUUGUAUGAAUCCAUGAUCCCACAAAAGCAGAUAAAAUUUAAAUAAAAAGGAAAAAUAUAUAUGUA